UUUUCUUGUCCCUUAAUAAUUGUAAGACUGAAGUUCGGAUUAAGACCAGGUUAGAAAUUAUAACAGCAAGUAAAAAUGAUCAGUAGAACCAGACCUUGCCAGAAGGACCAGAUAUGUGUUAUAUUAAGUACCAGUACAGAUGAAGAUAGUAAUGUCCAUGAAGUGACAGGAGGUAUUUAGAGAACAGACUCCAAGGCCACAGUCAAGUUGACAGUUAGAGAUAAUCGUCAGCUGGUGUUAAGUGUCAGAAAGCUGAAUGGCAGUGUCUGUAAUACCUGACUUAACAGUGAUGGCUGUACUUCAAGUUACAUUCUUGCACUAGUAUUAAGUGGUCUGAAUACAAAAGUAGGCACAGGGAAUCUCUUUUGAAAGUUCUUGUUUUAUUGCCUUUCAUAUAAAUGUCCGUGUAUUCCAUUAGUGAGGCAUGUAUUCUGAAAACUUAAAGAUUUAAAGGUAUCCUAUCUUCAUUUUAGGAAAUACAAAUGUUGCCAGAUUAUAAAGUAUACAUAUGACAAACUUCCUUAUUUACUAAUUUAAUCUUAGUGCAUUUUGAUCAUAGUUUCAGAAAAAUUCCACACAAUGCAAAUUUAAAAUGUACACAAAAAUAUUUUGUAAACAAAUUUCUUAAUUUUACUGUGAUAGCCAAAGAUCUCUCCCAUCUCCUGUCACCAAGAGCCUUCUUGGGAGCAUGUACCUCUGUUUAUCAUCUCAUACAUUUUUGGGAGGACUUAUCCUGUUUGUAAAGAUGUGGACACAAUCACUAGCAAAAUAUAUGUGAUUUACAUCUUGUGUCAGUUGUUGGGUAUUGUGUCAUUGUGAAUACAGCUUAAGAAUAAGAAUAUCAUGUUCUGAAGACAGAGCCAUUGAAGAUGUUCACUAUGAAAAUACCUCCAGUAUCCAUUACCUUUUUUUCACCCAAAUGGCAAGCUGUAUUCCUGUAUUUCAUUAUGAAAUUCUAUAGAAAAUCACUGCAGCAGAGUUUACUAAUGGACUGACCACGGGACCAGUAUUCAGCACACCAAAUAUGGUAAACAUUGCAUAAAAUUCAAGUCAUGAUUUUGAAUGACAAGAAAUAAUUUAUGGGAUCAUACAAAGCCCUAUGAAAUAAGGACCCUCAAGGUGCUGGUAAGACCAGGUACAUUUAAGUUUCAGACCUCGGGUUCUUAUAGCAGCACAGUACAGUCACUUGCAUCAGCUGUCUAAGUAGGUGUCAGUAUAAACCUGUAAUACCUGUAUAAGUCUUGUGCAAGGGAAAUGUUCUCCAGAGGUGUGUCUACAUAUAGACCAGAAUAUUCUAGACUGACACCAUUACGUGUAGACCACGUCACAAAAAAACAGGGAUUUAAAUGUCUGAGGUGCAACUAAAUUAAGUCUCUGGAUCCAAUCCUCCCAUUAGAAGGAAUCUGUUGUCUCUAUACAUUUUUGAAGAUAAUCAAUCUGAUUUUGUUAUUUUGGACAAAAUUAUGUUUCCAGCCUAAGGCAGCACUGGUGUGAACUGAUCCUUGAUUUAAAGCUGUCAUGACCUGUGUGUAGCUGCAAACUACCUUGGCUCUGUGACAAGUUGCGUGGUGUGUGCUCUGUUCAUCAGUAUUCAGGGUGUGAGAAAAAUAGCCUUGCUUCUCUUUGAUAGUGUAGGAACUGGACACUGCACCUACUCAUAGGUAUAGUCACAAUUAAAGAAAGUACUGGACUGGACUAGAUGACAAAUGGCUCACUGGAUUAGCUAAGGAUUGAUUCAUCCUCAGGUUGUCUUUAUAAAGGGAGGAAUGUACUUAUACCACUUUAAAGUACUCAUGAAAGCUGUUCUUGCAUUGCAGAUCUGAGAAAAAAAUCUUUGCUAGUAAGAAUCGUGAUAGCGGAUCUUGGGAUCAGCCUUUAGAGGAAGCCAGGAGAAGAGCACUGUCCUCAGAGGACAUUCCUAAUAAAUUGACCACUUCACUGACCACGUGUAGUUCUCUGACCAGUCCACUCACCCCAAUCACACCCCUGGCAAGCUGUCUGACCAGUCCUCUCUCUCCCUGUAUAAGUACAAUCCCCAGCUCUCCAGGGAGUAGUAGCCUGACACCCUUAUUAAGUUCCCCAUCUGACUACAAUAUACUACAUGUGCCUGGAACUGAUAUCAUGGCAGACUCGGAGACGGAACAGGAAAAGCUUGAACCAGAAUUGUCAGAGCUUGAUGAAAUGUUCCGUAAAAUACUUGCUACCACUGCUGCCACUAAGUUGAUUGCACACAAACCCAAGUCUGAAAGUCUAUUGAGAAGUCCUGCUGACAGUGUUUGGAGUUUACCAUGGGAUGCCCCACUUCAGGCUAAUUAUAACACAGCUCAUGAUGCUAGGAGUGUGCAUCCUGGGGUUUCUACUGGUACCAUUUGGACCAAUACCUCUGGCUGCAAUACCCCUUGGACCAAUACCCCAGGGUCCAGUACCCCAGUGCCUGAUAACUCCUCCCGCUCCUCAUCCACCAUUAUAGGGGAGGAGCACACCAUUAUUGACACCAUUCUCUGGGAUUACUGGGAGGAGCUUGAGUAUGCAAAAUAUAAGCUUUAUGUCAUUGCACCAUUGAUGUUCUAUAGGGAGUGGGGGGUGGGGGAGUGCACCAUUAUUUAGACCACUCUUAGUGAGCACUUGGUGGAACUUGUAUAUGUUGUGUAUGUUGCAUGUGUUAUUGCACCAUAAAUGUGUGUGUGUGUGGGGGGGGGGGAGCUUCAUAUUAUUUUGACACUAUUUUCAAUGGGAACUGAGGAAAGCUGAAAAGAAUUUAUUCAGUAUGGGUUAUUUUAUCACCAUAGGUAUCUGCACCAUUUAUAAACAACUUUAUGUGAUGAUUUUUAAAGUGAAUUUUUAUUAAUGCUUUGUUGAGUUCUGAGUGUGUGCACCCAACACUGACAUGCAAGUAGAGCAAAUAAAACAGAAUGAAAAGUUAAAGUUACAGUAGGGUGAUAGACAGAAGUUUAAGAUAGACUUAGAGCAGGGUGUUAUAUAUUGCAUAUGUCUUUGUAUAUAAACACUGUAUAGUAUGUAACAUGUAUGGAAAGUCAUGUUUCUAGUUUAGUUAGGUCAGACUAACUUCAGACAAUUUUGCUGGUCAUAUGAUAGUGAUUACCUCAGUAUAUAUAGUUCACCAUUUAUAUUACAAAUCAAAAAAAUUUAAUCUAGCUUUUGUAAUUGCAUUACUGUAAUAGUGGUAAGCACUAAUUAAGCCAAUAGAUUGGCUUAAUUAUUAUAGUAAAUUAAUCUUGAUUACACAUGUCGCUGAAACAUAUGUGGUUUGCUAAGGAAGGUCAAACUUGUGUCAACCCAACUUCACUGGAACCACAACUUAAACUUGUACAUGCAGGUGCAUUUUCCCUAAAUUGUUCCAUUGCUACUGUACCCAGUUCACAGUUUAGUAUGUCUGAUAUAUAGCAUGCAUGCUGCUGACAAUGUACACAGCUUAACUUUUUCCUCUAUAAGUGUUACUUAAUUAACAAUAAGUAAUUAAGUAAUAUAUAUCUCACCCUUUUUUCCUGCAAUUUCAAUACCUUUUUUUUUUUG